AUGUCUCGGCACCAGGCCUACCGCAACUACGAUUACGAGAAUGACCUUGAUGAAUUUGACGGUGGCGCAUACUCAGACGAAGAACAAGAGAUCAGCCCGGAAGACAAGGCACAGCUAGCACAAGGCACGCAAGAUGUCAAGGCUGCUCUAGGGCCUCAGGCGGACAAAGUCACGACUCAGCAGAUUCAAGAAGCGUUAUGGUAUUACUAUUUCGAUGUGGACAAGUCAGUAGCAUAUCUAAUCAACAAAUUCAUCGAUCCUGCGCCGCCGAAGCCAGCCAAGACCAAGACGCCAAAGCCUGCAGACAGGAUAUCCUCCUUCCAUUACCACCAGACGAUCACUCCACGGCCGCGACCAUCCUUUGCCGCCUUCUUCGACGACAUGCCGUGGCUCAAUAUUCCUCGACACCGCCAGACAACCUUCGUUGCCCCUCAACUUCCACAAGGUGGACUGCUUGGUGGCUCGGGCGGACCGCCAAAGAUGUCUAAACUGCAAGCCCUUGCUGCAGCGCGAAAGAAGAAAGGGGACGACAAAAAGUCAGAAGAAAAGGUCAAAGAAACGGAGCAGAAAAUGAAGAGUCUGUCGGUUGAAGAGACGAGACUACAAAAAGAAAACAGGAAGCCAGCUCUGGGGGGUCUAAGCAAGCGUCGCAAGAUAGAGGGCGAGUCUAGCUAUGUCGUGGACUCGCCAAGAGACCAGUUUGCUGUCGAGAAGAUGCUCGCCCCCGAGCUACAACCUCCCAGGGAACUGAAGUCUGGUCCAGAGGAGAUGAUCGUCGACACUGAGCCUCCUCCUGAGCCCGCAAAACCAUCUGCCUUUGCCCAGGCAUUGAUAGGAUCUGCUUCUGCUGCACCCAAGGCACAACUACAAUCUUUUCCUCCACCAUACAUGGCGUACAAUGUUGCGCUUGCUGAUGUGUUCGCCAAACCUUCCCCCGAUGAUGUUGUGCUAGCGGCACAGGCGCAAGCAGGCAAGAAACCUCCUGCAAGUGUGCCGAAAAAGAAGGGUGGCCAUGACGAUGUGGCGAACGAGAUCAAGGCGCUGAAAGUUGAUGAUACCCCUUUACCGAAAAGCAAGAACCUCAAUGUGCUUAAUGAAUACGAAAAGACGAAAAAGAAAAAGACCGCGAGCUUUGUAGUCGUCGGGCACGUUGAUGCUGGUAAAAGCACCUUAAUGGGACGGCUGCUGUUAGAUCUGAAUGUCGUGGAUCAACGAACAGUCGAUAAGUACCGGAAGGAGGCAGAGCGAAUAGGAAAGUCUUCUUUCGCUCUCGCAUGGAUAUUAGAUCAACGGUCAGAAGAAAGAUCUCGUGGAGUUACUAUCGACAUUGCUACGAACAAAUUCGAGACCGAAACAACAUCCUUUACAAUUCUAGAUGCACCUGGUCAUCGCGAUUUCAUUCCGAACAUGAUUGCAGGGGCGGCGCAGGCCGACUUUGCGAUUCUGGUUGUUGAUGCUAGCACGGGUGCUUUUGAAGCUGGCCUCAAGGGACAGACUCGAGAACAUUCACUACUCAUUCGAAGUAUGGGCGUCUCGAGAAUCAUCGUGGCAGUGAACAAGCUGGAUACCGUCACCUGGGAUAAGGAGAGGUUUGAUGAGAUAUCACAGCAAGUUUCAGGCUUCCUAUCUGCGACUGGCUUCCAGGCGAAGAAUAUAAGCUUUGUGCCUGUGUCUGGGUUGCACGGCGACAACCUUGUUCGACGUUCUACAGAGUCAGCCGUGUCAUGGUACUCCGGACCAACCCUUAUCGAAGAGUUGGAAGCAUCAGAGCCUAUGACACGAGCCCUAACCAAACCGCUGCGGAUGACCAUCUCAGAAGUUUACCGAACAGCACUUAGUCCUUUGACGAUAACUGGAAGGAUUGACGCCGGGUCGUUGCAGACAGGUGAUGCUCUCUUGGUACAGCCAAGUGGCGAAAAGGCCUACGUCAAAGCUCUAGAAGUGGACCAAGAGACUGCUGAGUGGGCGGUCGCCGGCCAGAAUGUUGUGAUACAUCUCAGCAACAUAGACCCGAUCCACGUCCGCGUGGGAGACAUUAUCUGCGACCCGUCAAAACCUAUACAAACAGUAGACACAUUCACGAUGAAGGCGUUGGCUUUCGAUAUCUUGAUGCCCAUGCAAGUCGAUGUGCACCGAGGCAGACUACAUUCUGCUGGGCAGAUACAAGAGCUGUCAGCCGUACUAGAUAAGGGCACAGGAGCCGUCACGAAGAAGCGGCCGAAGAUCGUCAAGCCGGCGAGUGUGGCGCGGAUAGUGGUAAAGAUGAACAACAAGGUGCCGUUAGAAGCAGGCCAGAGAGUUGUUCUUAGAAGCAACGGAGAAACAGUUGCUGCGGGGCUACUAGAAUAG